GUAAAAUCAACUGUUGUUUAUUUAAUUUUCCUCAAGGCUGAGGUGUAAAACAUUUUAAAGUGAAGAAUGAACAGAUCCAAAAGCAUAUCCCCUUCUAAAACAAAAAAGUCUAAACCUAAAUCAGAUAUCAAGUUGAUGCUCAAUGCAAACCAGAAACGAGAUUUACUCGAAGCUUUUAAACUUCUUGAUAAUGAAGGAUCAGGGCUUAUUAAAGCACGUGAAAUAAAAGUUGCUUUGAGGGCUUUAGGUUUUGAUCCUACAGCUGCUGAUAUCAGACAGAUUAUUUCGGAGCAUGAUACGGAAAAUAGAGGUUUUGUCGACUUUAAAGGUUUUCUGGACAUUAUGACAUCGAAAAUGACUGAAAAAACUGACAAGGCAGAUCUUAUUAAGGCUUUUAAAAUUUGCGAUGAUGAUGACUCUGGCAAACUGACACUUCCCAAACUUAAACGCGCUGCCCAGUUACUCGGAGAAGACAUUACCGAUGAGGAAAUACAGGAAAUGAUUGACGAAGCCGAUAAAGAUGGCGACGGUGAAGUUAGCGAAGAAGAAUUUUUAUGGAUUAUGCGUAAAGCAAAUAUUUUUUAAAAUCAAAAUUCAAUGUUUCAAAUGUUUAUAUAUACACUUGUACAACUAAUAAUGCAUUUUAUGUAAUCACAACAAUUCCCUCCUUUUUUGAAUAGCGCAUUAUUCUUAGUAAAGUCACAGCUUGAACAUCAGAAUCAAUGAGACUAUUAUAUUCAUGAUCAGUGAACAGUGUAAUGUGACCAUUUUCUUAAGUAUCAAUAUUUUAUCUGAAAACAGUAACUCAAUGUGUAUACAUUAUUAAUUAAGAAAAAUGCUUAAUGCUCAGAUUUCCAGCUCUUAUUACUUACUUACUUACUUAC